AUGAGCACCACACAGGACCAAAUGGAAGCUCUUCCAACUCUCACAGAUGAUAGUUGGUAUAGCAAUGAUCCGACGGGCCUGAAACGACAGUUUUCGGAGGCCGACGAAGCAACCUGGACAGCAGAGAACAUGGACAUACAGAUUCAAGAACAUUUAGGCGUUCUUCAUAACGCGUCAGUUGACCAUCCAAAUUACCUUGCCAAGCAUAUGGACAUUGGGAAUGCAUAUCUAUACAAAUACAACCGAUCUCAGUCGGUAGCAGAUCUGGACCUAGCCAUCGAGUAUCAUCAAACAUAUCUUGCCUUGGCACCAAAUGAUCAUCAGGAUCGAGCACUUGGAUAUCAUAGACUUGCGCUUCAGCAUAUGUUGAAGUAUGGACUUACAAAAGACAUCACCUACAUCGAACGAGCAAUCACAAGCUAUCAAAUCGCUCUUUCCAUAUGUCCAGACGACGACCAGGAGAUACCCGAGAUAUUGGACAGUCUUUCCAGCGCUCAUAUCUCCCGGUGUAAGGCAUUGGGAACUAUGGAAGACGUUGAAAUGGCAAUUCAGUACUGCGCGAAAUCGGUUGCUGCAACUCCGCACGACUCUGCCGAUAAGCCAGGAAGGCUGAAUACUUUUGGAACUGCGUAUCAAUGCAAAUACGACAUGAAUGGAGAAAGAUCAGACCUCCAAUUAGCUAUGCAAUAUCUUACAGCCGCUUACGAAAUACUUCCAAAAACGCAUGAUGCUCGCGUCAGGGUCCAGGUCAUAACAAAUUUGGGGAGGGCUUACCAGAGAAGAUACGUGGCAUUGGGGGCUAUUAAAGACCUGAAUUCGGCAGUUGAAUUUCUGCAGGAGGCACUGGAUGGUGCAGGAUUCAAACAACAACGCCGAAUUAUACUUCAACAUCUUUCUCUAUCCUUUAAAAGCAGAUAUCUAACGACAGGCCGGAUGAUGGAUCUUGACGAUGCCAUUCAAUACUCUGAGGAGAGUCUUCAGUUAACACCACUGGACGGCCCGGAUCGAGCAAAUCAUCUCCGUCAUCUCGGUGGUGCUUACAACUCGAGGUAUAUCAAGACUCGGGCCGAUGUUGAUUUUAACAUGGCAGUUAAAAUGUACGAAGAGGCUCUUUCUCUGAUUCCGGACGAUCAUUUGGAGAGGGCACGCCAAUUACAAGGACUUGGUUCUUGUUAUCACAACAGGCAUAUUCAGACAGGGUCUCAAGAAGAUCUUAAUACGGCUAAUGACUUCCACGAGAAAGUGCUCAAGAUAACCCCGGAAACUCAUCCCCGAAGAGCACGUUGGUUGUCAGAAGCUGGUUGUGUAUACUUGGAGAGGGGAAUGGCAACAGCCGGCGUUGAAAAUGCCUUACAACAGCUGCGAGAGGCUUAUGCUAUAGACCCAAAACUCGCUUUGCAGGUAAAUGACUUUCAAAGCAUUUCAACACAAUUCGAGGCUCUCCGAGCCGGAAUUCAUCGGCUUGAAGAAUCCGUUGCCCACACCUUUUCUCCCGCCAAGGAUAGAUUAGCAGGCGGAAAACAACUUAUUCUGUUGUACCGGCUGGUCGACUUCUGGAAACCGGCUUACAAUCUUGUGUCAUCCCUUAUGGCGCUACUUGCCUUGGUAGUUGAUUGGUCUCUGGAGCAUUCUGAUAAGCAGCGCCUAGUAUCUAAAAACGCUCAGUUGGGUUCAAGUGCGGGAGGCAUUGCCUUGAUGGCAGGGGAGGAUGUUUAUGAGGUGCUUAAAUUGAUUGAGCUUGGUCGUGGGAUAAUAAUGGGGUCGUCUAUUGAUCUACGUACUGAAGUUUCCGCACUCCAGGAAGCAAGUCCGUCACUGGCGAAUAGAUUCAUCAUGCUUCGGGAUCAGCUUGAAGGGGGAACGAAUUUGCCCACAGAGCACCCUGACCAGCCACAUUCCAUAGAUCGGCACGACGCCGGGCUCCAAUUACAGAAUACAAUCCAACAAAUCCGGGAAAUACCUGGAUUCGGCAAAUUCUUGCUUCCGCCAUCUGAGGAAGAUAUGAAGGCCGCUGCUGCUCAUGGCCCGAUUGUGGUUAUCAAUGUGAGCGACUAUCGUUGCGAUGCCUUGAUUAUUGAAAAGGAUAAACUACAUUCGAUAAGGCUACCAAAUCUCCAACGUCAACACCUUGACGAAUUAGUAAAGAUAACACAAUACGAGACAGAGAUGCUUGAGUGGCUAUGGGAGACCAUCGCCGAACCGGUGCUUGGGGUUCUUGGGUUUGAUAAACCGCCUAUCCAGGGUCAAUGGCCUCACAUCCGGUGGAUUCCCACUGGUGCUCUCUGUAGAAUUCCCAUACAUGCUGCUGGGUUUCAUUGCGAUGGUUCGAAAAAUACAGCUAUGGACAGAGUUAUAUCUUCUUAUAGCCCGUCUGUCAAAGCUCUCAUAGAUGGUCUCAAAAGGCAGAAUCCGACGUACCAGGGCCGAUCUCAGCGCAAAGCCGUUUUGAUUGGUAGUAACCAACUUCCAUACGCGCCCAAAGAGAUUGACGAAGUGGAGAUGAUUUGUCAGGCUAUGAAGUUGGAAGUCGUUAGACCGCAAGCACGCCAAGAGGAUAUUCUUUCUGCCUUGGACGACUGUGCGGUGUUUCAUUUCGCCGGUCACGGAAUGAGUGACGGAUCUGAUCCGUCAAAAAGCUCUUUGGUUCUUCGGAAUAAUGAAAUGCUAACAGUAGCAAGCUUAUUGAAGUCAAAUCUUCGACGCCGGGCGCCGUUCCUGGCUUACCUCUCCGCCUGCGGCACGGGCCAGACGAAGCAAUUCCGUCUCUUCGAUGAAGGCAUUCACUUAAUUGGUGCUUAUCAAAUUUCAGGGUUUCAAAACGUUGUUGGUACGCUCUGGGAAGUGGAAGAUAGGUCGUGCGUUGAAGUGGCUACCAGAACCUAUGAAUGGAUCAAGAAUCGGGACAUGAGUCGUCGUUCCGUUGCCGAGGGGCUUCACCAUGCCGUUCGAAAGCUUCGGAGUGAUUGGGUUGAGGAAAUUAGUCAACCAAGAGCACUCAAUGAGAUGGGCUUUGCCAUCCGGCAUGACCAUGAUAUCGGAGAGGCUACUGAUGGGAUGCGGAAUGGGGGCGCAUCGGGUUCAAGAGAUAUGGAACCACUCGAUAAUCCUGUGUUGAACUGGAUCCCAUAUGUCCACUAUUGUUAG